CCACCUCGAUCCCUGAGUCCUUUUCCGGUGUCGGAGCGGCUGUGGUCACUACGUGGUGAGUAGGACCUAUCCAAAGAUAAAAAUCAGCGGAGGCAUCUACAGUUUCUGACCGGAGCCCGACGGGAAUCCUUGGAUGGGGUGAGAGGCUCUCCAGGCGAGGACAAUCUGGGAACUGACAGGGCGUGUGGAGCCCGGAGUCUCAGGCCUGCGUCUGCGUGAACAGCACAGAUUUGUGUUCCUACGAGAGACGUGUGUGAGUCUGUGUGUGUGUGUGACACUGUGACAGCGUGUCUCCAUGACGGCGUCUGCGCUUGUGUAUCAGACCCUUGGUUGUGCUUAUUUAAUUAACUUCGUGGCUUAUGGGUGAGCGACGGUUGUGUGGCUCCGCGGAUCCUCCGCCCUGUCCGUCCUCCGCCGCGGAUAAAAGAGGGAAGUCAGAUCCUGAGCCUUAGAAUGGAAGAAUGGAGAAUCACGGCAAGAUGACACAGACUUGAUCUUGAGAUGAGAUCUUUUGAAGCUGCAAUCGGCCCCAAGGCAGGCUUCUGGGAAGACCUGAUAAGGUCCCAGGAGUAGGAUUCCCUCCUGGAAGGUUCUUCCUUGGAAGCUCCUGAAGUGCUGCCUGUCUCUAAAGAAAAAAAGAGGAUACUGAGAGAAAAAAGAAUUUUUGUUACACAUCAAAAAGUUAAAGUUCAGCUCUGGCUUCUCUGAAAUCAGCUUCUCUAAUAGAGGAGACCUGAGGAAGAUCAGCAGUUUGAAAACCAUGGCCCAGUCUUUUCUCAAGAGCAGUGUUGGAGCAGUGCACGAGUGAAGUACCUUGAACGAAAUAUUUGAGCUUCCUUUGUCAGGUGCCGUUGACAUUUAGUGAUGUUGCCAUAGACUUCUCUCAGGAGGAGUGGGAAUGCCUAAAUUCCGAUCAGAGGGAUUUGUACAGAGAUGUGAUGUUGGAGAAUUAUACUAACUUGGUCUCACUGGACUUUGAUUUUACAACUGGGACCAACAAGUUAUCUUCAGAAAAAAGCAGUUAUGAAGUAAAUUCAUACCAUCGGGAGACAAUGAAAAGAAGUAAAACCUUCAACCUUAUGAGGUUUAUUUUCAGAAAUGACCCACAGUGCAGAAUUGAAUUUGGGAGAGAACAGGGGCCUAACAUGGGAUGUUUUAGUCAAAUGACAUUUAUAAAACAUAUAUCUCUUCCUCUACAUCAGAGAAUUCACACUAGAGAGAAAUCCUAUGAAUGUAAGGAAUGUAGGUGGGGCUUUAGAAAAUAUUCACACCUUACCGAGCAUUUGAGAGACCAUAAUGGUGUGAGACCCUAUGAAUGUAAGGAAUGUGGAAAAGCCUUUAUAGUUCUCCAGCAUUUUAUUAGACAUAAAAAAAUUCACACUGAUUUAAAACCCUAUGAAUGUAAUGGAUGUGAGAAAGCCUUUAGGUUUUAUUCACAGCUUAUUCAACAUCAGAUCAUUCAUACUGGUGUAAAACCCUACGAAUGCAAGCAAUGUGGGAAGUCUUUUAGACGUUAUUCUCACCUUACUGAACAUCAAAAAAUUCAUAUUGGUUUGAAACCCUAUGAAUGUAAGGAAUGUGGGGAAACUUUUAGAUUGUACCGACAUAUGUGCCUACAUCAGAAAAUUCAUCAUGGUGUGAAACCCUAUAUAUGCAAGGAAUGUGGGAAGGCCUUUGGUCAUCGUUCAAGUCUUUAUCAACAUAAGAAAAUUCAUUCUGGUGAGAAACCAUAUAAAUGUAAACAAUGUGGAAAGGCCUUUGUUCGCAGCUAUCUACUUAUUGAACAUCAGAGAAGUCAUACUGGCGAGAAGCCGCAUGAAUGUAAGGAAUGUGGGAAGGCCUUUAGUAGGGGUUCAAGCCUUCUUAAACAUAAGAGAAUUCAUAGUAGUGAGAAACUCUAUGAUUGUAAGGACUGCGGGAAGGCCUUCUGUAGAGGCUCUCAACUUACACAACAUCAAAGAAUUCAUACUGGCGAGAAGCCACAUGAAUGCAAAGAAUGUGGGAAGACAUUUAAGCUUCAUUCGUACCUUAUUCAACAUCAGAUAAUUCAUACUGACUUGAAACCAUAUGAAUGUAAACAAUGUGGGAAAGCCUUCAGUCGUGUUGGAGACCUUAAAACACAUCAGUCAAUUCAUGCAGGGGAAAAACCCUUUGAAUGUAAGGAAUGUGGAAAAACCUUCAGACUUAAUUCUCAACUGAUUUAUCAUCAGACAAUUCACACUGGUUUGAAACCAUAUAUAUGUAAAGAAUGUAAGAAGGCCUUUCGUUCUAUCUCAGGUCUUUCUCAACAUAAGAGAAUUCAUACUGGUGAAAAACCCUAUGAAUGUAAAGAAUGUGGUAAGGCCUUUAAUCGUAGUGAUCGACUUACUCAACAUCAGAGAAUUCAUACUGGUGUGAAACCACACAAAUGUAAGGAAUGUGGAAAGGCCUUUACUCGUUGCUAUCAACUUACUCAACAUCAAAGAUUUCAUAGUGGUGAGAAACUCCUGAUGUAAUGAGAGUCAGAAAGCAUUUAGCUUUGGCACAUCCUUUUACCAUUAUCACUAUUCUACCGCCUAAUGAUGUUAUGGUAAAGAUUAUUUAACACAAAAUUUAAAUGCUUAGAGGGGCAUCUGGCACAUAGUAUUUGCUUACUAAGUACUGUGGUUCUUUAAUGAUAAUCACCAUUAUUACUAUACAUAAAUUCAUGUGGAAGGAAGACCCUAUAAUGCAUAUUUUUUAAAUGCAUCAGUGUUCAUCCAUAUUUUCUUCAGAUAAUUAAUUCUGGACAAAAUCCCAUAGAAUAUACUAAACAAGACACUUUUUUAUUCAAAGCUCAACUCCCUGAAGAUUAAUAAUCAGAAACGCUGUGCCUGGGCACCUGGGUGGCUCAGAUGGUUAAGCGUCUGCCUUUGGCUCAGGUCAUGA